UCAGAUGGUGGAGUCUUUUGACCCUCCAUACAAACACUGACUAAUGGAGCCCCGGUGAAGAAACAUGUUUUCACUGCUACAUCAUUUUAGAUUGUGCCUUGAAAGACCAUACCCCACUUUCAAGGAUAACAUGAUAACUGACCAUUUUCCAUAGCACACAUAGCCACGGUUUAUUUAAAUUAACUAAGCAACUCAUGGUGAAGGAAUUAAAAAGCUACUUUAAAUCAUCGCUCUCUGUUUCCACUUAUCUCCAUGUGUUAAUGCAGUUGUAAACACUAUUAAUUUGAACACCUCUUCCCCGGAUUGAUGCAUUCACGUGCAAGAAGAUAAAAGAUUUGGCUCACAAGUCCAAGUCUUGCAUAGUUUUGUACUAUUCCAAAGAAAUAAACUAUUUAUCCCCUUGUUUUGUUAGCAGUGCUACAAAGGAGUUAACUCUUACUAAAAACAUUCUCCACAGUUUAAGCACUGUACCACUACCAGUCAGAAUCAUGAUUAAUAGUUGUCUGCAUCAAAAUCAGUGCAGCAGAAAUCCUGCCAAAACAUGGGGCCUACGUUACCCAUAAUGCAACAUAAACCAACUUCUGGUUGGUGGUUCCGAUGUGUUUUGCUAGUAGUGGUAAAUGUAGCCUUGAGCUGUUUACUCUACACACCCAGACUUAUUUUUCAUAUUCCAGCUUGCAUUCUUCAUAUCCUAAUUGACUCUGACUUUGUGAAGCUCCUGUUAGAAGGCACAAAAUAAUGCAUACAACUCUCAUGGCGUGGAUUACAUCUUAUUACCUCAAGCAUAUGUAAUGUUUUUCCAAUUUUAAUUUCCACAUACAGUGAAAAGAACUGAUCAAUGGCUCCAAGAAUGGCAGGACAAUUUAAUAUUAUCCUCCAGACACAUUAUAAGACAUAUAAAAUACUUUGCUCGGUAUUAUAAUUUGUGUCUGAUAUGUUUUUUUCUCUACAAAAAGAAAAAUCAAUAAAUCAGGUAAGAAUUCUGUAUCUACCCCGUCUUCUUCCUAUGAAUAAGCAAAUGCACUUUAAAGAGUUCACGCAAGGUAUCUGCUACUCCACUGAGAAACCCACUGGCAGUGCAUGUGCACUGAAAGUUGCAACACAUCAAUCUUCUAUAACUUGCAUGUUGUGAUGUCACAGAAUCAUCAAAUGCAUGGGUUAAAUGCAUAAAACUGACCGUGAGAACAGAGAGUGCUGUGGAAAAUGGUCAACAGUGGUGGAAAGCCUGGUUACAUUCAUAGAGACAAUAAAGGAAAACCACACCAGGAUGGUUCUUAAAGAAACACAAAAAUAUAAUUCAUUGACUAAGUUGUCUCUGUAAUUCAAAUCAAACAUGUCAAAGUGCCAGGUCAUACAUCACUGCAUGUUCCUGAGAGCUGCAGUUUGACCUUAUUCAGCCACAAAGGAAAUUAGAGUGGAACAAUGACACUGUAUUAUAAUACAUCCUGUGAUUUUUUUGUAAAUGUUUGUAAGACGCAAUACAAUACUUACCGAGUUAGUUAGUAACAACUGAGCACUUUAAAGAGGAGGAGAAAUAACAACAGGCGAAGUAGAAAACAAAUGUUCUUUUGUCAAAUGUACAUCUAUUGAAGUUAAAUAAUGUCACAUAAGGAAAAAACUAGAACAAAGUUAGAGAAUAAUAAAACAUAGUUAAUCAUAAAUGUUUAAUCUGCAACCUAGUUACUAUUUUUUUGUUCUUUUCAAUCACACAUUAAGAUUAUGUUAUGUGGGCUGUAUUAUAAUAGUGGCUGGUCCCCUCUUUAAAAAAAACCCCAACAUAAUUACAUAAGAAAAAGGUUGGUGACACCAUUUUUUAUCAAACUUCAUUUUUGUUUCUCAUUACUGUACCUAGACAGUACUAGUACACAGACAGUAUAGUUUAUUUCCCCUCUCCUUCAAAAUGUACAGUUGCUACUCCCAAGCUCAGCAUGUGUUUUAUUCCAAGUGUCUCUAAGGAGGACUUUUGUGGUUUUUACUGUGGCCACAGAAUUACAUUGUAAAUCAUGGACUGUAUGAUAAAGUGUUUACUGAUUUUCAACUUUUAGAAUACAUGUCCCAACUCUGCACUGUGCCAGUAAUGUAAUGGCAUUGAUGGAAAAAAAAUUCAGCUUGAGAGGGUGAAAUCCUUCUGUGCUGUAUUAUGACAUGAAACCUAACCAUCAAAAUAAAGGAAAUAUACCUUUUGAUAAAACUUCAAAACAAGACCGAAGACAAGAUGGUGGUUACACUCCUGUUGGAGAAACUCCACUUUAUCUGCAUUGGGUCUCAUAAUAAACUGCUGCUGUUGCUGCGCCUCAUCCCCAAGAGUCUGACUGUAGAUCCACCCCACUGCUGUUGAACGGAGCUGUGCUGAAUGUGUGUCCAACCCUUUCUACAGGAGACAUUAGAAAAGCAUCAGGAGGGUUUAAAGAGGCAAAGAGAAGCAGUGAAAUACAGACUGAAGAAGCUGGCAGCCCGACAAUCAGAAAUCGCUAAAAAGUCCUCAGCGAUAAGGGAGAGUAUCGUGAGGAAAUAUCAGGAGAUCCAGGCCGUCCUGGACGAGGACCUGAGGAUGACCCUGUCCCACCUGGAGAUGGAGGAACGGGCUGCGGUCUCCACUCUCGAUGGACUGAUGGAGCGGAACUGUUCUCUGAUCCAGGAUAUAGAGCAGGACCUGGCCAGACUCACUGUGGCACUGGACCAGACCCUCACAUCGCCUGAUGUAACGUCUUUCUUUUCGUACCCUGAGCAGCAGGCCAUGCAGAUAGACGACAGAGUGAUGGACCUGCUGAGCACGACAGACCCGAGCAGCGUGAACCUGGACGAGGCAAAAGCUGAACAGAUACUCAGCCUCACCAACAACAUGCUUCUGCUAAUCUGCUCGCAGACGCCUAUAAUGAAGAAACUCAUCAAGAGCUAUUCCAGUGAGGUGUGUCUGGAUCCAGAGACGGCCCACCCAAAGCUCAUCAUCUCCCACCAAGGUGACAGUGCCACCUACACAAACACCUGGCAGCCGCUUCCAGACCUCCCUGGACGCUUCGACACCACCCUCAAUGUCAUCAGCUUGCAAGCGUUCAGCUUCGGCCGCCAUUACUGGGAGAUCGACGUGACUGGGAAAACUUACUGGGAGCUGGGCAUCACCUACCCAACCAUCCCUCGCAAGGGCACCACGGAGGACUGCUGGCUGGGCCGGGGCGGCGAUUCCUGGUGCGUGGAGUUCUUUGAUGGGGAGUACACAGCCUGGCACGGAGGACUGCCCCAUCAGCUGACUUUCACCAAACGCUUCUGUCGGGUUGGUGUCAUGUGUAGCUUACCCGCAGGACUGGUGACGUUUCUUGAGGCGGACAAGAUGGCGCCGCUGUUCUCGUUCUGUGUGGGAACCUUUUCAGACUGCCUCCACCUGGCCCUGUGUCCUGGGCAUGACCACAAUGGCACCAAUGCAAAUCCUAUUGUAAUAUGUAGUGCUCUUUCUCCCACCAGGGAUCUCUGAUGAGUCCUUUUAAUCACAUUUAAAUACUACACAUUCAUUCCAGUGUGUGUCUUAAGCUUUCAGAUUAACAGAAAUAUGCACAGUAUUUUUUUAAAAGGAGUCAUUUAUCCUUAGAUGCACCUGGUGUUAGUAUGUGGAUCCAAAGUCUACAUUCAAACAAACAAUGGACUCUUUGCAAAUAUGCUCUCUGAGCUUGUGUGUUCAAUCAAAAGUGCAGGCUUCGCCCAUUUGCUCAAAACUCAGUUGAAUGAAUUUCAAAAAGAAAAAAAUAUAUAUAUUUCAAAGGUGGCUGAGACAGUGAUAUUGAUUUUCAUGUUCAUGUUCAUUAAAAGUGGUUAGGAAUCGUUUUUUUACUUGGUAAUAUCGUUAUUAUUACAAAAAAUAACCAGGCAAGAGCACAGCUAAAAUCAAUAAAACUGACUCAGCAGCAGGGACGGAUGCCAGACAACCUCCUCCGAAU